UCCAGUAGAUGGGUCUGAUAAUGUCAUUUUAGAUGAGUCUCAGAGAGGUUGCCUAAUCCAACAGGUAUUAAGUUUGUGUCCUAGCGCCACCACUUAAUCUUCUAAAUCUGUUACUUUCCACACUACAGCCUUCUUUCAUCAUCCCUGCUCAAUCUCAUGGCACCAACUCCGGAUUCCACCUCAACCCAGCCAACAUCAAGCACCUGUAUACUUAGGCCCUAUAAUUCUAGAGAGUGAUGGCAGAGACAGGAGUCAAUUAAGGACAAAGGAUAAGAUACGUUUUUCUUUCUAGGGACAAAUCUGAAUCAACUGCUUUAUAGAACAUCAUUUCUUCCUUCUGUCUGAGAAAAUGAAGUAGUGGACCCUAUAAAGAGGGUCUUGGCAGCACUGAGCACCUACCAUACUAUGACAAUAUCUAGAUACUUUAUUCACUUUACCUUAUUUCCCCUGUAAAGGUUCUAUUAUAUUAUCUUCACAAUACAAAUGACUACAGAAAUUCAGUGAAGGGAUGUCAAUUGUUUUGUAUCACACAUCUCCUAUGUUCCUGUGUUAAAUAAGGACUCAAACCGCAGUCUCUGGCUCUAAAGUAUGUUGUACAUUACACCACUCCACCCAAUGAACAAAUACUGCUCUUGGGGCUCCAUGAUUUGCAAGGGUGGUUAAAGAGCCCAGUCAAAGACAACCUGGAAGUUCUUAAGCAUGCUAAGAACCUGGAAGUUAUGCCAGAAAAAAGUCAGGGCUGCUAUUCAACCAAUUUUCCCAUAUUUAUUUACUCUGUCCCUCACAUCUCUAAAAUGAAAAUGCACGUAAGUUUCAGGGGAGAAUACUGGGGGCACUAUCAGCCAAUAAAAUGAAUAACAAGAAGCAAAAGGCAGCCCCUGCUAACUGCGAGGCGGUCUUGGAAGGGCUGCCUUCUGCGGUUGCCAGGCAACAAAGGUAAACAGCAGGAAGUGGCAGGAUCAUGGCCACUAACUACAGUGCCAACCAGUACGAAAAACCUUUCUCACCCAAGUAUCUGCAGAACUGGUCUCUUGCCAAGCCAACAAAAGAGAGGAUUUCUUCCCAUGAAGGCUACACUCAGAUUAUUGCCAAUGAUCGUGGUCAUCUGCUGCCUUCAGUGCCCCGUUCCAAGGCAAGUCCUUGGGGCUCCUUCAUGGGCACCUGGCAAAUGCCUCUGAAGAUACCCCCUGCUCGGGCGAUCCUGACCUCCCGUACAGCUGCUGGUGCGGCCUCCCUCACCAAAUGGAUACAGAAAAAUCCUGAUUUACUUAAGGCCUCCAAUGGGUUGCGUCCUGAAAUCUUAGGCAAGCCCCAUGAUCCAGACAGUCAGAAGAAACUCAGGAAGUCUAUCACAAAGACUGUACAACAAGCACCAAGUCCCACCAUAAUCCCAAACUCCCCAGCCUCAAAUCUCAAUUCCCCAGAUCAACUCCGAAGCUCACAUCCCUCUGCAGGUCACACUCCAGGUCCCCAAAGCCCACUCAACUCUCCAAAGUGCCCAUCUGGAAGCCCGUGUUUGCCCUGUGCAGGCCGUAAUGUAGCCGAGAUCCAGAAAUGCAAACCUGCAACUCCAUAAGGGACUAAAGACUGAGUGACUUAAGGAAGAUCCUGCCUUAAUCAGGGAAAUUACAGAUGGGAAUAAAGGCAAAUUUGUAAAAUAAAACUUUUGUUAUUGGA